GCCGUCAGUCGCCGGCAUGGCGGUGUGCGCUCGCCUCUGCGGCGUGGGCCCGUCGCGGGGAUGCCGGCGCCGCCAGCAGCGCCGGGGCCCGGCCGAGGCGGCAGCGGCCGACAGCGAGCCGGACACGGACCCCGAGGAAGAGCGCAUCGAGGCGGGCGCGGCGGCGCUGGCCGGGGCGGGGGGCGGCCGGAGCGCGGGCCCCUCGUCGCCCCCACGCUGCUCGCUGCUGGAGCUGCCGCCCGAGCUGCUUGUGGAGAUCUUCGCUUCGCUGCCCGGCACCGACCUGCCCAGCCUGGCCCAGGUCUGCACCAAGUUCCGGCGCAUCCUGCACACCGACACCAUCUGGAGGCGGCGCUGCCGGGAGGAGUACGGCGUUUGUGAAAACUUGAGGAAGCUGGAGAUCACGGGCGUGUCUUGUCGAGACGUCUACGCGAAGUGUAUAAACCCUCGUGUGAAGUCGGGCCGUUUCAUGAAAAUUCUUCCCGAUUACGAGCACAUGGAAUACAGAGAUGUUUACACCUGCCUGCUUCACCGAUACAGACACAUUUUGGGACUGUGGCAGCCAGAUAUCGGGCCGUAUGGAGGACUGCUGAACGUGGUGGUGGAUGGCUUGUUCAUCAUUGGCUGGAUGUACCUGCCUCCCCACGACCCUCAUGUGGACGACCCGAUGCGGUUCAAGCCCUUGUUCCGAAUCCACCUGAUGGAGAGGAAGUCGGCCACGGUGGAGUGCAUGUACGGCCACAGGGGGCCCCACAAUGGCCACGUCCAGGUCGUGAAGAAGGACGAGUUCUCCACCAAGUGCAACCAGACGGACCACCACAGGAUGUCUGGUGGGAGGCAGGAGGAAUUCCGCACGUGGCUGAGGGAAGAAUGGGGGCGGACGCUGGAGGACAUUUUCCACGAGCACAUGCAGGAGCUCAUCCUGAUGAAGUUCAUCUACACCAGUCAGUACGACAACUGCCUGACCUACCGCCGCAUCUACCUCCCGCCCAGCCACCCAGACGACCUGAUCAGGCCUGGCCUCUUCAAGGGCACCUAUGGCAGCCACGGCCUGGAGAUCGUCAUGCUCAGCUUCCACGGGAAGCAUGCCAGGGGCACGAAGAUCACGGGUGACCCCAACAUCCCUGCUGGGCAGCAGACGGUAGAGAUCGACCUCAGGCACCGCAUCCACCUGCCCGACAUUGAGAGCCUCCGCGACUUUAACGAGCUCUCGCGCAUCGUCCUGGAGGUGCGCGAGCAGGUGCGCCAGGAGCAGCAGCAGGAAGGUGGGCCCGAGGACGCCGAGGGCCUCGGCCGGCAGAGCCCUCAGCCCUGCGCGGAGCCACCCGCCGAGCAGGCCAAGUGGCCCGGGGAUGGAGGGGCCGAGGCCGCGGCUGAGCCGCCCGCCCAGUCGGGGCAGGGGCAGCCGUUUGUGCUGCCGGUGGGCGUGAGCUCGAGGAACGAGGACUAUCCCCGGACCUGCAGGAUGUGUUUCUACGGCACGGGCCUCAUCGCCGGCCACGGCUUCACCAGCCCCGAGCGCACCCCCGGGGUCUUCGUCCUGUUCGACGAGGAUCGCUUUGGGUUCAUCUGGCUGGAGCUGAAGUCCUUCAGCCUGUACAGCAGGGUCCAGGCUGCCUUCCGGAAUGCGGACGCCCCGUCCCCGCAGGCCUUCGAGGAAAUGCUCAAGAACAUCCAGUCCCUCGCCUCCUGAGGGCCCACUCCCCCGCGGCGGGCGGCCCGGGCUGGGAGGGCAGCGGCGUGCGCUCAGGAGACGCGGCCUCUGACCGGGACACCCACCUCCUUGUAGGAGCCUCGGCGCGGCCUCCCCAGACGCUUUCCGCGGGCGCCCACAUAUCUGCCAGGAGCAAGGGGAAAGCUGAGCAUGUCUGAAACAAACAACAGAACCAGAACCAACCGACUUAGAGGACGGGCUGCAGGGCACGUAGGUGACUGAACUGGAGAAAUUGGCCAUUUUCUAGGGAAAACAAAAUCCUCCUCCAGGGAGGUUCACAACGCAACAGAGUCUGUUGCCUCCAGCCUGUGGAAGGGGUCAUGGGUGAGGUGUGUGGGCUCCACCGUCCCCCUGCAGGAGGUGAGCCAGAGGGCCUUGGUGACUUCGACGCAGCCUGGGCGGGGGGGGCACUGUGUGUGGAAUAUGAGCUCCAGGGAGUCGGGCUUGGGACCCACUUCUCUACCGACUUGCUUGGAUUUUGGACAAAGGCAUUUCACCCUGAUCUCAGUUUCCAAAUCAGUGAAAUGGGGCCAAUGAUACGGGUCACUAGGGAACGCCACCGCAGGCCUUCCAGCAGCUCGGAGGCCCUGCGAGCACCACCCGACCCCGAUCCUUGCGGUGCCGUGUGCCUGCCCGGCCUCUCUCAGGCUUUAGAACCUAGACCUUCACUGCAGCACUUCAGACAGGCAUUCACUUAGUUCACGCCCUGCCCCUGCCCCGCACUCACUGGUGUCAGACCCUGAGCUGCAGCCGCUGGUCUCAGAACCAGGACAGGGCACCCUCUGAGAUGACCUGCGUCUGUUCCUCCUGCUUGGUUUACACAGGUGCCGCUCUUGAGAGGGGCGGAGCAGCAGAAGGGGUUGUGCCAGGUGAGCGUGACGUCCCUUUGUGGGGAGGUGGGGGGGCUUUCUGGACGCUGCACGUAGGGAACGCACUUUGGAGACCAGGACCCUCGGGGAGCCUCCAGCAUGCAGACCCUUGGCGCUGACCCUUCUGCUGGCAUUGCCCCUGUGUCAUGUUGACCCCUGCAUUUGGGGACCCCUGUGAGCGCUGAUCUUGCUGUCUCCUGAAGAGCGGGGCCCCAUGUGCCCGUGCACAGACCUGCUGGAGUUCUGUUCAGCCCUCCCUCCAGGCUGCACUGCUUACCAGGGCGUGUGGCUUCCCGGCGUGCACGGACUCUCUUCCUUCCCAGUUGCUCGUCCUUGUCGGCUGGACCCCGCUGAGCCCUCACACUGGGGGCGGGGGCCCCAGGGAAGGGGCAGCUUUGUGGUGCCUUCAUGUAGAGACCAACCUGAGGUGUCCCAUGAAACGUGGCCUGUGUCUCGUGAUAGCGUUCUCCCUGACCGGCCCUUUUCUAAAAUAACAACCCCCCACCACCCCCGCUUCAGCACAUUUGGCGACUCUGGCCUUCCUUUGCUCCCAGAAUCACAGAAGCAGCAAGCUCUGGGCAUGGCCUUGACACGCAGACUGGGCCUCCCCGGAGGCUCCGUGGGGCUGCCCUGGGCACGCCGGGCGCUGUCGGCCGUCUCGUCCGAGGCACAGAGGCCCGCCUCCCAGACCCUUCCAGCAGGACCCGGGGUUGGGUGGGGACGUGGUCCCAGCUCCUGCGUCUCUCGAAGGACUGAGCCUUAGAGCUUGAGGCUCCUCCCUCCCUCUCACAACGCGGCUGUUCUUCUCUCGUGCCAAGCGUGGCCGUCCCCAACGGUGACAACUGGCCGCAAAGCCUUGAGGACCGUGAAAACGGAGGACAGCUGGGCUAGGCUGUUUUUCUCUAGGUUUCAUCAUUGUUUAAAUAAAAUCAAGAAAAUGCGUAUUUUACCCAGAGCUAAGGGACCGUCUCCGUCUGAGGCCCCCAGCGUUGUAAAGCGCACACAGAUCGAAGAUGAGCACUUCUGAUUAAAAACCAGUCUCAAACUAAA